AAAAAAAGUUCGUUCUUUGUACAGUCGGUCACUGUUCUGGUCACUAUGUUUCUAUCUUACGCUCAUUUCGGAAUCGGUCCUGAGGGAUUCGACCCAUCACACUCCUUCUUUCGAUCAAAUUAUGUCCCCACACUCGUUCUCGCGUCUAUUCGAGCGAUCAUUGCCAUAUACUGUUUCACAACAAUGAUAGUGUGCUACAGCUGGCUCGCCAACAACCUAAGCACCAAUAACCUUCAAGACGUCAACAUCGAUUCCUACACACUAUACAUCGGCUCAGACGGCAUCCACCAAUCAUUCAGCUUCUUCACCUACCUCACCUUCUGGUCCCUGGGCUUCUACUUCUCCUUCGCAAGCAUGCACACCUUCUGCUACGCCAUCAAAGGUCGAACAUGGCUACAAAGCUGGCCCCGCAUCCUCCAACUCUUUCACUACUUCUACUACACCAGCAUCACCUGCUUCCCCUUCCUCGUCACCAUCGUCUUCUGGGGCACCAUGUACAGCGGCCCCUGGCCAAAGGGCCGUUUCGAACAGUGGAUCAACAUCUCCGUCCACGGCCUCAACUCCCUCUUCGCCCUGACUGAGGUCGUCCUCCCAGCAACAUCAACCUCCCCAUGGUCACAUCUAUCCAUUCUCCUACUUGUCCUGUCGGCAUACCUCGGUCUCGCGUAUCUCACGCGUUUGACUCAAGGGUUCUACGUCUACGAGUGGAUGAACCCUGCCCAUGGCAACGCCAGCAUCAUCUUACAUAUCCUCGGGUACACAGUCGGUAUCAUUUCGAUCUUCGUGAUCGUCAAGGGUGCCAUUUGGCUGAAGAGGUACUUGGCCGAGCGCAGUGGAAAGGAUGUCACCUAUAGGCAAAGCAGAAUGGUUAGGCUGGAUGAUAGCGAUAAACUGAAUGUCAGGCGGAGGGCUAUGUCCCAAUGGGGUCGUGGUUCUUUCGUUUAA